AUGGGAGAUAAGCCAAAAAGCAAAAAAUUCCCAAACGACUUUAGAAAAGACCCAAAAUUUUGCCAUCCCUUUCGAUUUCACAACCAACUCCCUAUGGUCCCAUGUGAGCAGAAACUCAUGGCUUAUCCCUUCGACCAAGACAGAUUUACAAAAUACUCCCUGACAUCUCUUGAGGCCAACUACACUCCUCCCCUACUCCUUCCCCUCGAUCUCGGAAUUCCAAUAGAUUUAAUUAACCCUGAGAUAUACAAUACACCGCCUGAUGCUGAGCUUCUCAAAGAAGACGCUGAACUACUCGAAGAGCCUAAAAAAGACAAAGAAGAAUCCAAGGCAAAUAAAUAUUCAGCAAGCAAUUCUUCGCUUUAUUUGAGAAAAUCCACUCUUCCAGCAGGGCCAAUUGUUUACUCCAACCCCACAGUCCAAGAAGAAGCCAAAAACGAAGCUGACGUUGAAGCUGAAUACGACACACAAACUUGGAUCAGCAAAAUUUGUUCUGCGUUUGAGAAAAAUGAAUUUGUGCACCCUACAAAGCCAGGCUUAAAAGCAGAAAAAGUCUACUCUGUUUUUCCUGACUUAUCAUAUAUUCAUACAGAGUUUGUGAUGUUUGUAUAUGAUGAAGAGCCACAUGAAAAAAAUAAAUUCACUGUGCUUAAAGAGCACGAAGACGAAGAAGCAGACCCAGUCAUGAGCAUUUAUGUAGAAGAAGAACCAGAAAAUACAGAAGAGAUGCAGGAGAAUGAGAAAUCAUUGGUGCAUUUAAGGAACUAUAAAUACUCUUAUUUCAAUGACCCCAAUCAAAAUGAUAUUUUAUUAUGAAUUGAUGAAGACAAAGGAGUCGCAGCUUAUGCACAAGUAGAAAACAAGCUGCAACUCAAAAAGAAAAAAGUGCCUAAAGGUAUCACAAGUGUAAGCACGAGUAAUCUCCCUUCAAAGCUCUUGAACAUGAAAAUCCGCGAUGAAAGGAAAUCUGAGAUUUUGGCUCGCAAAAAUAAAUUGCUGGAAUUUGAAUGUCCAUUAGAUCCUGGGAUGGAAAGUGAUAAGCUUGAAGAAAUGGCUGAAGAAAUGGACCAAGAAAAAGAAGAAAAAAUGAAUAUGUUUAAAAGACUGUUCGGAGGUGACGACAGUGAUGAAGAAAUGCUCUAG